AUGUCUGCCACAAGCGUUGACCCUCAGAGACCGAAAGGACAGGAUAAUAAAGCAGCAAUACAAAAUGGUUCGUUACACCAGAAGGAUACAGUUCAUGACAACGAUUUUGAACCUUACCUUUCUGGGCAGUCAAAUCAGAACAGUAGCUAUCCAUCAAUGACUGAUCCCUAUCUGUCCAGUUAUUAUCCACCAUCUAUUGGGUUUCCCUAUUCUCUCAGUGAAGCACCAUGGUCUACAGGAGGAGAUCCUCCUAUCCCAUAUCUCACCACCUAUGGACAGCUCAGUAAUGGAGAUCAUCAUUUUAUGCACGAUGCUGUUUUUGGACAGCCUGGGGGUCUGGGAAAUAACAUCUACCAGCACCGGUUUAACUUCUUCCCUGAAAAUCCUGCCUUCUCAGCCUGGGGAACAAGUGGAUCCCAAGGACAGCAGACUCAAAGUUCAGCCUAUGGGAGCAGUUACAGCUACCCACCUAGUUCACUGGGUGGUACCAUCGUGGAUGGACAAACAGGAUUUCAUAAUGAUACGUUAAAUAAAGCUCCUGGAAUGAACAGUAUUGAACAGGGAAUGGUUGGACUCAAGAUUGGUGGAGAUGUUACAACUUCAGCAGUGAAAACAGUAGGGUCUGUUGUCAACAGUGCUGGAAUGACAGGUACCCUCUCUGGUAAUGGUGGAUCUAAUGUAAACUUGCCAGUAUCUAAACCAACCUCCUGGGCUGCUAUAGCUAGCAAGCCUGCAAAACCACAGCCUAAAAUGAAAUCAAAAACUGGACCUGUAAUUGGGGGAGCAUUGCCUCCUCCACCUAUAAAGCAUAAUAUGGACAUUGGGACUUGGGACAAUAAGGGUCCUGUGGCAAAAGUUCCUGCCCCCCAACAGAUACCUUCUCCUCAGUCUGUUCCACAGCCGCAACAACAAAUUGUUCAGCCUGUUCCAACUCAGCCUCCUCCAUUGACUCAGCCUCAGUAUCAGGCUCCUCAGCAGGCACCCCAAAACCGCUGGGUAGCUCCUCGUAACAGGAAUGCAGCUUUUGGCCAAAGCGGAGGAGCUGGUAAUGACAGCAGCUCACCUGGCAGUACUCAGCCCAACCCUCUUCCAAGUGGCGAGUCCCAUCCUGUCCUUGAAAAACUGAAAGCUGCUCACAGCUAUAACCCUAAAGAUUUUGAAUGGAACCUUAAAAAUGGACGUGUGUUCAUAAUCAAGAGCUAUUCUGAGGAUGAUAUUCAUCGUUCCAUUAAGUAUUCUAUUUGGUGUAGUACAGAACAUGGCAACAAACGCCUGGACAGUGCUUUUCGGUCCAUGAAUAGCAAGGGUCCAGUCUACUUGCUGUUCAGUGUCAAUGGUAGUGGACACUUCUGUGGAGUAGCAGAGAUGAAAUCACCUGUGGACUAUGGCACCAGUGCAGGUGUCUGGUCUCAGGACAAGUGGAAGGGGAAAUUCGAUGUCAAGUGGAUCUUUGUGAAGGAUGUGCCCAACAACCAGCUCCGACACAUCAGGCUGGAGAACAAUGACAACAAACCUGUUACAAACUCCCGUGACACACAGGAGGUGCCCUUAGAAAAAGCAAAACAAGUGCUUAAAAUUAUUGCUACUUACAAGCACACGACCUCCAUCUUUGAUGACUUUUCUCAUUAUGAAAAGCGCCAAGAAGAGGAGGAGGUGGUGCGGAAGGAACGCCAGAAUCGAAACAAACAAUAA